AUGUCUGAUAUCAAUAAAAGACAAUUCAACAAGAAGAAGACUAGAUUAUACAAUAGUCGAAAUAUCAAAAGUCAAAAUUUAGAACCAUCAUAUGAUCGACAACAAAAAGUUCUUGAUGUAAAUCAAUUCAUUCAAUCUAGAGAUUAUGAGAUCAAAUCAUUUGAGCAAUCCCAAUUAAAUUCAAAAAAUGCAGCUGCUACACGUGUAUUUCAAGCAUUGCCACGUAUAUUACGUAGAAGAGCAGCAUCACAUAAUGUUAAACGUAUUCCCAAAAGAUUAAGAUCUAAAGCCAAAAGAGAAAUGAGUUCAAGUUUGCCAGUCAAGAAAUUACCUCGUGGAAGAAGAUUAUAUAAAUUGAUGCUUAGAAGUAGAUUAUUGAAAGUUGCUUCAAAAAUGAAACAAUUGAAUUAUGAUCCUAUGGAUGUAUCAUUUAAGAAACUGAAUAUUCGUGCACAAUUUAAAGAAUUGCGAGCUGAAUUCAAAAAAAUACAAGAAGGUCAAUCACAUGAAUAUCAAAAGUUGAAUAAUUCAGUAGGUGCAAAAGAUUUAACUGGAAUUAAUAAAUUAGGUUCAAGACCAAAAGGAAAUAUCAAAUAUUCAAAACGUCAAAAGGAAUUUGUUUGGAUACCUACGCAUAUUUGGCAUGUUAAAAGAUUUCAUAUGGUUAAGAAGUACGGGUUUCAAAUUCCUUAUUCUCCAAAUCAAAAAUGUUUCAAAUUAAUGAAUAGAUGGAAUAGAUCUAAAAGUGUAUGUUUUGAUACAAGUUAUUUUUCCACCUUAACUGUGACAAUACCGGAAAGUAAUGAUGGAACAGAUGCAUUUGACGAACUUGCAAGUUCUUUAAUUGGGAAGAAGAAAGUACUGGCUAAAGUAUUAAACGGCGAGAAGUCAUAUAAUGGUAUGAUUUAUAAUGAUGGUGUUCAAAUUUGUCCUGGAUUCAUAUACAUGAAUAAGACAUUAAGGUCGCUCUUGGUUAGAGUAUAUCCAUCGGUAUAUGUCAAAUUAUUUAAUUCAUUAAAAGAUAAAAUUCAACAAAUUGAAGGGGCUAAUAUUUAUGAUUGCAGAUAUUCUUUGGGAUCUAUUGAAAUGUCUGGACCUUUGAGCUUAAGGUCAUUAAGUAAAUUAUUUCAUUUCACUGAUUUAUCUCCUGAAAUGCGUGACGUGUGGGCAAGUUUGACAGAGAUUAAAGACAGUGAUCUAAUACCAAUAGGUACUACUUUUACUUUCAAUUUACAAGACCCGCGUAUUUGGCAACGUCCUACUAAAUUUCCAUUCAGAGCUUCCAAGGACCAGAAUAUUUAUGAUUUAAUAAUUGCAUUGAAUUCCAAUUCCAACGUUGACAAUGAUGUUGUAAACAAAUUGUUCAGCGUCGAAGGUAGAACUGCAUCUUAUGAUAAGCAAUUGCUGAUUAAACAGUUAGGUAAGUUCUAUGCCAAUCCAGAUAAAAAACCGAAUGAAAUUUCUCAUAGUCAGAUUCCAGUAGUAUUGUCGAAAAUAGAUACACAAAGAUGGGUGUUUGUCCUUCCGUGGUAUUGGGUGGUUCCCUUUUGGAUUCAACUUACUAAAGUCACUGAUGUCAAGCCAGGAGGUUCAAAACAAAUGAUACAAUUCCAGUUUGAAAAUCAUAAGUUGAGCUUCCCCGAAGAUUAUCCAUGGUUGUUUGAUGGUUGGGCAAUUAAUGAAUUGGUGGGCGAGGCAAACAAACUCAAGAAUGAUAAAUUACCAAAAAGUCAAGUCUCGGUUGAUCAAUCAGAACAUAAUGUGUCAAAAAUAUUCUCCGGUAAUAAGUGUGAUUGGCACACUUUAAGAAACUUAAAGUACGUUUCCAAAUUUGCUGGUGUAGAUGGCAAGACUGCAGAAAAUAUUGAAGCAACUUUUGCUAGCUAUAACGGGCCUGAUAGAGAAAUUAAAUCUUUACAUGAUGUGAUUCAAUCGGUUAAGGCUUUAGAGAGCGAAGUGGAGAAUAAGACAGAACCAAUAGUUGAAUUAUAUGACAAGAAGAAUGAAUUCCAUCGUGCAUUUUAUGACAACAAAUAUGAAAUCAAACCAUUUGCCAAUGUCGUACAUACAAAACUACCAGUUAUUCCAAUAAGUCUUGCAAUUUUAAAUGAUGGUACAAUUGAAGAUAAUGCUAGAAUAUACUCAACACCAGAUGGUGAUGAUUUUACUUGUGUUGGGUUUGUUACUACUGGAAGUAUGAACUUGAAUAUUGGUAAAUGUACUGGUGUGGGUUGUAUCAUUGCUCAAGAAUGGUUAGUUGGUAAGGAUAUUUCCAAGUUAUAUGUUAGAAAUCCAGGUAAAUCAAAAUCAUAUGUAGUUAAGUUCACAAAGUUAUAG